CUCUUUUUUAUCGUCUUAUUGUGUUUUAUACUUAGUCUCUAUGUCACCGUGGACGACUAUCCGACUAGAGUUUUCAUUCCUCUCAUCGAUACCGGACACUGGUGAGCACUUUGAGUACCUACGCGCUCAAACCUCGACCACCCAACAAGAAAAUGCCGUCCCAGUCCCAGGUCUAUAACCCCCUCUUCCACCCCUUCCUCUUCUUCUUCCAGAUCUUCCAAUGGCUCGCCGACAAGAUCCUCUCGCCCAACCCGCCCGGGCCCAGCACGCGGCUCACCCGGCCUAAAAUCGCCGUCGUCGGCGCGGGCAUCACGGGCGUGACCAGCGCAGCGCACUGCAUCGGCCACGGCUUCGACGUGACCAUCUUCGAGGCCGGCGACAGGGACACGCUCGGCGGCAUCUGGAGCCGCGUCAACAACACGUCCAGCCUGCAGAUCCACUCCAUCAUGUACCGCUUUCACCCCUCGGUCAAGUGGGAGCACGGAUACCCGGACCGGCAACAGAUCCUCAGCCAGGUGCGGGAGCUGUGGCGCCGCUACGGGCUCGACGGCCGCACGCGCUUCAACACCAAGAUCGACCGCAUCGAGCAGGACGAGCACGGCCGGUGGGUCAUCAACGGCAACCCGUCACUGGGCCGCUUCGACGGCAUCAUCUCAGCGGUGGGGACCUGCGGCGAGCCCAAGGUGCCGCACAUGCCGGGCAUGGACCGGUUCCGCGGCGACAUCCGCCACUCGAGCCAGCUGACCAGCAGCGGGUGCUCGGCGCGCGACAAGACGCUGAUCAUCAUCGGCGGCGGCGCCAGCGCGGUCGAGGCGCUCGAGUUCGCGCACGACGAGGGCGCCCGCAAGAUCUACAUCCUCGCGCGCAGCGACAAGUGGAUCAUCCCGCGCAACCCGGUGUGGAACGUGCUGCUCGCGCUCAACAUCUUUGGCCAGGAGACCUUCCUGAGCUGGAUCCCCGAGCUGCUGCUGCGCAAGAUGUUCUACCGCGACCUGGAGGACCUGGCACCGGCGAACAAGGGCAUCUUCACGGACACGCCGAUGGUGAAUUCCGACAUCAUGGAGAAGCUGAGGUCGAAGAAGGCGGAGUGGAUCCGCUGCGAUAUCGAGGGUUUCACGGAGAAAGGGGUCAAGAUCAGCCGGCGGGCGAAAGGUGUUCCGGCUGGCGGCCCGGGGAGGAAGGACUUGAUCGAGGGCGACGUGGUGGUCAUGGCAACGGGGUUUGCCCGACCCAAGUUGGAUUUCCUGCCCGAGGAGUGCUUCGAGAAGCCGUACAGCCCACCGAACUGGUAUCUUCAGACAUUCCCGCCGAAUCACCCGUCGAUUUCGUGCAUCAACUGCACGUACAAAAACGCCAUUGGAACGGUCGGGAACUGGCACAUCGGGAUUUACACGAGGAUCCUGCUCAUGUUCCUGGUAGAUCCCUUGACGAGACCGAGCCCGUUUUGGAUGAGGCGCUGGAUCGACAUGACGAGGUUGCUCAAGAUGGCGUCGCCUGUCGGGCCGUUUGACUUCUUCACCUAUCUCGAGCUGGUCUGGUGGUUUACCUUCUGCAUCGCAUUCAACCCCUUCCGUUGGAAAUGGGCAUUCUUCGUCUUCUUCGGCUUGGGCUUUAUGCUGCCGUCGCGUGUAGUGAAGGCCGAGGACCGAAUCCGUAACGGGCUGGGAUGGAAGGCAGUCGAUGGUCGGGACGUCGGCUCCAGCUUUUAAGGGGUUUAAGGAGUGAGCAGCCUGAGACGAAACAGAUAUUGGUUGGCCCAAGGGACGGGGAAGGUGUGUUGCAGAAACGCUUUGCGUUGAACAUGAUGGGACGUUUGUAAACAUAUCGCAAGGGUAACAUGGCCGCCAAAAAAGGGAUGCUGAACGGUAUUGAGCUUGAUAUUGGCUUGAAAUGCGGCAGUACUUCACCGCCCCUUUCCUCUUGAGCCC